CACAGCAACAAGGCAAACUCAGGCGACCCCAUGCUAAGGAAAGGAGGACUAGUGGACCUGUCAAUUCUAAUAUAGGACCAGAGGACCAUGCGCUGAUCAGAUCUUCCGUUCUGUUUGCACCCCAAGGUUGCUUGCAUAUUGACUGAACCCGCGUUAGAUUCAUUCUCUGUGUCAUCAUGAAUGAAGUGAUGGUGGUUAAGGAAGGAUGGCUCCAUAAAAGAGGGGAAUAUAUUAAAACAUGGAGACCCAGGUACUUCCUACUGAAGAGUGAUGGCUCUUUUAUUGGGUACAAAGAGAAACCAGAGACAUCAGAACAUCAUAUAACAAUGCCUCCCCUCAAUAACUUCUCGGUAGGAGAAUGCCAGCUCAUGAAGACCGAACGUCCACGGCCGAACACAUUUGUGAUCCGUUGCUUGCAGUGGACAACGGUUAUCGAGCGGACUUUUCACGUGGACAGCCCAGAGGAAAGGGAUGAAUGGAUGCGAGCCAUACAGACGGUGGCUAACAGCUUAAAGAACCAGGAGCCCGAGGAAGAAGACCCCAUGGAAAUUAAGGUUGAUUCCCCCAGUGAUGCCCAGAGUCCUGAGGAAAUGGAUGUUGCUGUGUCCAAAGGACGUACCAAAGUGACUAUGAAUGAUUUUGACUAUCUCAAGUUGUUGGGUAAGGGGACAUUUGGGAAAGUUAUCCUGGUCAAAGAGAAGGCAACUGGUCGUUAUUAUGCCAUGAAGAUUCUACGGAAAGAGGUCAUCAUUGCCAAGGAUGAAGUUGCCCAUACUGUUACGGAAAGCAGAGUUUUGCAGAACACAAGGCAUCCCUUCUUAACGGCAUUGAAAUAUGCAUUUCAGACCAGUGACCGCCUCUGCUUUGUAAUGGAAUACGCUAAUGGUGGCGAGCUCUUUUUCCACCUGUCUCGCGAGCGCGUUUUCACAGAGGACAGAGCUCGUUUUUAUGGUGCUGAGAUUGUAUCCGCUCUGGAAUAUCUGCAUUCCCGAAAUGUUGUAUACCGAGAUAUCAAGCUGGAGAACCUUAUGCUGGAUAAAGAUGGACACGUGAAAAUCACAGACUUCGGUCUCUGCAAGGAGGGAAUCACUGAUGGGGCCACCAUGAAGACUUUCUGUGGCACGCCGGAAUACCUGGCCCCCGAGGUGUUGGAAGAUAAUGACUAUGGCCGAGCGGUGGACUGGUGGGGUCUGGGAGUCGUAAUGUACGAGAUGAUGUGCGGGCGACUUCCCUUCUACAACCAGGACCAUGAGAGGCUGUUUGAGCUGAUCCUGAUGGAGGAGAUUCGCUUUCCACGGACGUUGAGCCCUGAAGCAAAGUCUCUUCUCGCCGGCCUCCUGAAAAAGGACCCCAAGCUAAGGCUCGGAGGGGGACCCAAUGAUGCCCAAGAGGUGAUGGCCCAUCGAUUCUUUUCUUCUAUCAAUUGGCAAGAUGUCACCGAGAGAAAGCUGAUCCCACCUUUCAAACCACAAGUCACUUCAGAAAUAGACACAAGAUAUUUUGAUGACGAGUUUACGGCUCAGACCAUAACAGUAACACCGCCAGACAAAUAUGAUGAACUGGAAUCUCUGGAGUCGGAGCAGCGCGCACAUUUCCCCCAAUUCUCUUACUCCGCGAGUAUACGGGAAUAAUGGUCAAUAUUUAAAGAGGAACAAGAGGGAAACAUUAAAGACUUUCUACUGAAAGAAAAAAAUCCCUUUCUCUUCUGAAUUGUGGAAAUAUAUAGCUAUAUAUAUCCAUUUUCCUCCUGUCCCCUUUCCCUCAUUAAGAGACUGCAAACAUGCAGAGGAAGCACCUGCACAAUGUUGACUAUUUGGUAUACUUUAUGGGCACACAGCCCCCUAAAAAUAUCCUGAUGGAAUAUCUGUUUUAUUUGCCUUCUUACUGCUGGUGCAGUGCCAGGAUUGUAAGCCAUAACCAUCCCAGAACUCUUUGCAACUCUUGUCCCUUCUACAGCCCAGUGUCUCUCUCUGAGACAUGUAAUUUGCUUAUAAUGGUACUGACAUCUAAGGUCAGCAAUUCAGCUCGGAAUACAAUGCUCCGCCUCUGAAAUUUGGGUGUUGACAGGGUAUAAAAGGCGAGGAGAAACUUUCUAAUUUGUAAUUUAAAAAAAUAAAACAUUUGUUACUACUGGUGCGGUCCCACUUGGUCGGUACACGCAAGUAAUAGAGAACUGCAUUUUUUUUUCUCUUUCAAAAGUAUUUACUAGAGAGAUCCCCUGAUUUAAAUUGGCAGCAAAGAUAAAUUUGAUGACUGUAGUGUUUAUCAUUUGCAGUGCUGUGCUCUAGUAUAAGGCAUUCUGGUGCUUAACUGCAAUAAAAUGCAGUUUCUAUUUGUUCUGUCAAGUCAGGAUAUUCUCUGGUCUCCUACAGCAGCAUUGCUGAAAAUGUUACUAUUCCCUUCCCCCCCCCCCCCCCCCCCCAAUGAGACUUGCACCAAUUUUCCUGUUUAUCCGGAUAUUCAAAGUGGCUUAACUUCUCAGACUGAAUGUAUCUGCCUUACGUACAUAUGUGUUUUGGAGAAGAAGAAAAAAAAAAAAGCAAUAUUUUCCAUUUUUAUUUCAAAUAAAUGUACUCGAGAACCUUUUAGAUCUAUUUUAACAUUUAGUUAAUUAAUCUGACCUAGAUGAGUUUUGUAAUUCAAAUUGUCUUCAGGUAACCAGAAUCUGACUCGGAUUGGUAAAGUUUGUGACUUUAAGAAA